AUGUUGCUUAAAUUGCCCUCUCAGAAUCAGAUCUCCACCCAGAUGAAAUCCUGCAGUCACUUGCGGGCAGAAGCCUUGUGCCAUCCUGCAGUCACUUGCGGGCAGAAGCCUCGCCCUCUCGCCCGCCGGCCAAAGGAGAGGGCGGGGUGGGCGGAGAAGGCGCCUCUAUUUACAAGUAGUGGCGAGCCGCCGCCCCCGUCUCACCCCGCCCACGCUUUCUGCGAGCUCCCUCGCCCUUUCGGGAGCCGAAAGACCUGGGAAACGCUCCGGGGCAGGCGGCGCCCCGCGGUCGCUCUCCGACGGCCUGCUCUUCCGUGCGCCACACUUUCCUUGCAUGGGGGUCCCUCCGUCGCGGAAGAAGACCGCGUGCUUCGAGGGGCGAAGGGGCCGUCGAGCCCUCGACGCGGAGGGAACCCGCCACCGCCGCGGAGAAGACCGGCCAGAGGCUCCCGCCGGCAGGGGACCGGCCACGUAGGACGCCGCUGGUCCCCGCCCUCGGAGGAAAGGAGCAGGAGGCGAGGCAGGGUCGACUGUGACUGCGCCCAGCCCUGCACCCCAGGACAGACCCAGAGCGGGCCCCCAACUUCUGAUCAAAGCGCCCCCCGUCUCUCUUGGGAGCAGCAACUGGACAAAGAUGCAAAUAUGUCUAAGGAAGAAAAUGUCAAUCAGUACUUUGCUCAGUUUCUGGAGGUAUUUCCUGCCCAGAGAGAAGAGAUUGAAAAAUGCCUCAGAUGCCUUCGGGAAAUUGCAGACGAAAUCGACAAGGUCCAUAAGGACUGUACCAUUGCCAACGUUACGGCCAGAUCUACAGGCGCAGUUUCUGGGAUCUUGUCCAUCCUGGGAUUGUCUUUGGCCCCUGUCACAGCAGGCGUAAGUUUAAUCCUGACAGCCACCGGGAUUGGUUUAGGGGCAGCAGCAGCAACAACUGGCAUUUCUGCUAGUCUGUGUGAACAUUUCAUUAAUUCAAAGAAAGGGGAAAAGGCACAAGAGCUGAUGAACCAAUGCAAGAGAAGCCUACGGAUGGUGACAGAUCAAAUAGAUUUUGACUCUGGAUUGUUGCAACCAAAUGACAAAACUGUUCAAGAAAUCCUCCAACGUCAGAAAAUUCCAGAUGUGAUUUCUACUGUGAAGGAAAUCACUGUAAAUGUUAAAGCCUUGAAGCACAUUGAAGCUAACCCCCUCUUGAAGGAUUUAGCAAAGAAAGCUGCAGGAAGCCAGGCCCGGGCUUCAACGAAAAGGGUUAAAGAAGUCAAAAAGGCCUUUCAAGGAACUGCCCUUGCAAUGAGCAAAGAAGCCAGAGUGAUGAGCGCUCUGGCGAUUGGGCUGUCUCUCCUGACAGACGCUGCUUCCAUCAUCCAGGAUGCCAUACAUUUGGCUCAAGGAGCCACAGUAGAAGCAGCAGGUACAAUCAGAGCCAAGGCGAAUGAGCUGGAAAAGAUAGUGCAGGAUCUCAGCAAUCUCUACAAGGAACUGAAUGAAGUAGAUGAAUGA